CGCAUUUUUAGGGCAUUUCGCGAUGAGCGCCAAGGGACCGCAGCCGCGCGGCGUCUACUCGGGUAAGGUCUCUCGGAUCGCUGGGCCGGGAUGCUUUGUGGAGCUUGCGGGGCCAUGGGGAAUCAACGAGGGCGUCGUCUACGCGGCGCAGGGAUUAGUGAUGCAAGGGCAAGAGGUUUGGGUCAAGGUAGUGUCGGCGAAUGGGCAGAGAGUAGUGCUAUCCAUGAGCGAUGUCGAUCAGAGGACAGGGAGGGAAGUCGUGGCUUACACCGGUGGGGUGUUCGCUUCGGUGGAAUCGUCACAGGUUUUUUCUUCUAGGCCGCCUAGUUCUAGACUCGGACUGGGAUCCAGGCAUGGGAAUUUGAGAAAAAGGAUACUGGAGGAAAUAGAAGAUGAUGGUUGUCAUGUCGAGCAAGUCGAGGUGGAACUUAAAGAGGCCAAGCCCGAGUUCCUUCGCCAGCAGCACACCGCAUUGGUGGAGGUUAUCGAAGAACCAGUUGAGUUUGAUCAAGAGAAACCAAAGUUUAUCAAGCCUUCCACGGACAAGCUCCACGCUUUUGGCAGGAAAGGAUCGUCCAAGGAGGUCGAGAAGCAAGCAUCUUCCAGCUCGAUCGCAAAGAAGCCACCGGAUAAGCCACAAAAAGAUCAUCCUUCUCUUCGUGAGAUCGCUGCAAACGCUCGAGUCAAGAGGCCAAGAGUCCAGUUUAAGAGAGACAGGGAAGUAAAUCCUGCGAUUUUAAAGCAACGACAGGGACUUCCAAUAUAUGGUUUGAGGGAGAAACUGCUAGAGGCUGUUCGAGAAAACCAGGUUCUUCUAGUUAUAGGUGAGACGGGAUCGGGAAAAUCAACGCAGAUAACUCAGUUCCUCGCGGAAGAAGGCUACACUUCGAAUGGAAUGAUCGGUUGCACGCAGCCCCGAAGGAUUGCUGCGACGUCCGUGGCAAAACGAGUCGCCGAGGAGUUUGGAUGUCGUCUUGGCGAGGAGGUCGGCUACGCUAUUCGUUUCGAGGACAUCACGAGUUCUCAGACUGUCAUCAAGUAUAUGACGGAUGGAAUGCUGCUCAGGGAGAUUCUCAUGGACAGAAACCUUUCCUCGUACUCGGUGGUGAUGCUGGACGAAGUUCACGAGAGAACCGUCGAUACUGACGUGCUUCUCGGAUUGCUCAAGGAUUUACUCCGACGCCGUCCGGAGUUUCGACUGAUUGUCACCUCGGCUACGCUCGACGCGGACAAGUUCUCGCAGUACUUUUUCGGGUGUGUCACCUUUCAUAUUCCCGGGAGAACUUUCCCCGUAGAAGUGAUCCACUCGAAGCUGCCGGAGCCGGACUACUUGGCCGCGUCGGUGUCUACUGUGCUGGGAAUCCAUGUCAGGGAACCCGAAGGCGACAUCUUACUGUUUCUCACGGGCCAGGAAGAGAUUGAGACGGCCUGCCAGGCUCUACAGGAAAAGAUGCGAGCGCUGGGUCCUGGCCUUCCAACUUUGGUCAUCUUGCCGGCGUACAGUGCACUCCCGGCCGAGAGUUUAUCAAAGAUUUUCGAUCCAACACCUCCAGGUAGGAGAAAAGUUGUGGUUGCAACGAACAUCGCAGAGGCUUCCCUGACGAUCGACGGGAUUUACUACGUGGUGGACUCGGGUUAUGUGAAAGAACACCGCUACAACGCAAAGCUGGGGCUGGACUCGCUGGUUAUCUGUCCGAUAUCACAGGCGUCGGCAAAACAGCGUGCUGGUCGUGCCGGACGAACAGGUCCUGGAGUUUGCUAUCGACUCUAUCCGGAGAACACGCUACAAAGCGAGAUGCUCCCGUCAACCGUGCCUGAAAUCCAGAGAACUAAUCUCGGAAGCACGGUGCUGAAUCUCAAGGCAAUUCUCCGCGAGGACGGCAUCUUUUCUUUCGACUUUCUGGAUCGACCGGCUGAUCACGCUCUCAGUUCGGCGAUGGAGCAGCUCUAUAGCUUGGGUGCUCUCGACGAUGGCGGUCAUAUCACGAAACUGGGCUUGAAGAUGGUGGAGUUUCCGAUGGAGCCUUUGCUGUCGAGGAUGCUUCUGGCCAGUGUGGAGCUCGGCUGUAGCGACGAGAUCAUCACCAUCAUCUCCAUGUUGCAAGCUCAGAGCGUUUUCUACCGGCCUUUGGACAAGCAGUCGGAGGCGGACAGGAAAAAAGCCCGGUUUUUCCAGAUUGGUGGAGACUGCCUCACGCUUCUAGCCGUCUACGAGAGCUGGAAGGCGAGUGGCUUCGCGGCCGGAUGGUGCCACAGCAACUUUGUUCGCGUGGAAGCUCUCCAACGAGCUCACGACGUGAGGAAAGAGCUGCUGAGCACCAUGGAAGACAAGGGACUGGCAGUGGUGAGCGCUGGAAGCGACAACUCCAAGAUCAGGAAGGGGAUUUGCGCGGGGCUUUUCUACCACGCCGCGCGGAGAGAUCCCGAGGGAGGCUACCGGACUUUGGUUGGAAACCAGCGAGUGUUCAUCCAUCCGGGGAGCUCGCUAGCUCAUCGAGGCUCGCCAAAGUGGGUGGUUUACCAGGAGCUGCUCAUGACGAGCAAGGAGUUUAUGCAAGGAGUGACAUCGAUCGAAUCGAGCUGGCUGAUCGAACUGGCACCGAGGAUUUUCCAAACCGCGAGCAGCAGCAAGCGAAGAAAACUGGAGAGGCUCGAGCCUUUGUCCGGGGCCAAGACGAACACGGCAAGAAGGAACAGAUUUCAUAUCGAUUGAGCCGCGCGAGGGAGAAGAGUUUAAACUUGGGCCGUUGGAUGUGGGCUCGAUCGGACGGCUGCAAGUGGCGAUCCCAGUCCUCGAUGGAGAUUGGCCCGUGUGUGUAUAUAUAGGGCUCUUGAGACACUGCCCGUGCUGUUGAAUCGUUGCUCCUCUUCUUC